AUGGUAAGACAGAAACUUCGGAAUCAUGUUCGCAACACUAAGAAAGUCGCGCUUUUCAGGCGAAUCAAUAGAGACACGCGAGGAGAAAUGAUGGAGAUUCUUGACACGUUGCAAUAUUUCGCAGGCUGCCAUGUCUUUCUGACCAUUCAAGACAGCAGGCAGUUCAUCAUCAUUUUCACCUUUUUACGACUUCCUUGCACAGUAGACAACAGCUACUACGUUUGCAUUUUUUUUGUCUGUCAGUAUUCGUUUCGAAUGAAGACCCCUGUAUGGAACUCAAAUGAAAGACUUCACAUCAUAGCGUCACUCUCUUACUGUUUCCGUAACCCUAAACGGGGUGUAGGAGGGGUAGCACGAGAAAAUUAA